CAUGAGUCGCCCAGCAGCCGUUAUCAGGACUCGAGAGGAGAAGCGGAGAACAGAGGAUCGCUAGAUCCAACUCGGGGUUCUCACUUCUACCCAUCAUCGAUUUUGCUGCUAUCUUUGCCCCGGCGACGAUCGCUCGCUUCCGCUCGUUGCUGCUACUCUGUCCGUUGCCUUUCGUGAAGGUCGCCGGUUAAUUCCUAGCUGGUGCUCGAUACAUUUGUCUGUCCCUCGUACCCCUCGCCGGCUUUCAUCAUCGCUCUAAUCUCAGGUACUUUGGCCGUCAAGUUAUCCCUGUUUUGAUGCUUAUGCUGUAUCUCUGUCUGAUCGGUGAAUGAAGUGAAUUUAGCUGAUUAGGGUUUAGGGUUCUGUUGUUUGGUUAGCAUCAUGUCGAUUCAUGUUCAAUCCUCAAAGCUAAAGUGAAAUCCCAAAUGGGGUAUAUGAAUGAUGUGAUCUGAUAUCAAUGGAACUUUGCUUGUUACCGGCCGAAACCAAAAACUUAAUGGUAGCCUUGUGGAAUUGUAGGGUAGCAAUCCUUUGAUGCAGAUGGGCUCUGCUGCAGAAGUUGCAAUAUCAAAUUCUCCUGGAGUGUGUAUCAAGAACAACGAUUCCAUUCGAUCGUUUCUCCGUUCUGCGUCCAAUGAGACACACCUUCCUCAGGAGCUAAAAGAUGUUGCAUCCAGGUUGUUGUCUCAAGACAAUUUGCUCUAUGUGUCUCUCCGAAGUAUAUGGACCGGAUUUCAGCCUUCUAGCCGUCCAGAGUUGAUGGUUCUCUUAUCAGGAUCCGAAUUCGUCUUCCGCAGCCCUAAACCUAGAGAAAAGGGUGAAGAACUAAAGGCAAGGUUGAGGAAACUUGAGGAACUGGCUGAGAGAAAGGCCUACCAGGAGCUAGUGAAAGAUAUCACACCAAGCAAGGAGACUACUGAACCCUUCUCUUCUUACAAGGAUCAGCUCGGCUUUGGUCUGCAUGUUGGUCUCACCAUGUUCACUGGAUAUUUAGUUGGGUUUGCAGCAUUCAGAGCAUUGUUCGGCCACAGUCCUGCCAUGAGUGCUGCUGGUGGAAUCCUGGGAUUGGUGGGCGCAAUGCUAGUGGAAACGCUUCUUUUCAUUAUCAGAACAUCUGAUCAGCCUCCCAAAGCAAACCGAUCCAAGCUAAAGAAGCCAUAGACUGGUACUUCAAUCACACUUUCAGAUUUCCAUGAUUGCACAUGAACUUAAUUCAAAUCCCACUCCUUUGAGAAACUGCUGGAGUUUUCAUUGGACUGUCGAAAUACAUGCCAUUUCGAAUCAUUCUGGCUCGUAGUACCACCUCGACAGCAAUGGUUUUCAAGUGUCAUUGGCUUCAGUAUAGGGAAGUAGCAGUACAAAUAAGGGCUGCCUUGCAGCUUCAUCUACAAACCAACCUUCCUGGUUGUGGUUUGGAGCUCCAAUUGCAGGCCGAAUACGAGUUCCUCUAAAACAUUCGACAACGGGUUCAGAUUUUGCUCGCGGCGGUCCAUCGAUGUCAGUCUACACUUACUCUCCUCAUUCAGCAUACUAGCGUGAUGCCAACAUGUUUGUUUUUCUAUAUGUACACACUAGUAAGUGGACGUAUGUGAAAGUAGAUCUCGCCUAUAUCACGAAUUAGUCUUAUCUUUUGUUCAAAUCAGGAUUGGGGCAAAAACAAUGAAGCGAAUUCACACAAAAUUAACAAAACGAACGAAGAAUUACUCAACCAUAUAAUGAGUAUAAUUACACGAGGAAGCUGUUAAAACCAUCGUACAAUACGAAAUCCAACUAGAAGUGCGCACCAACGAGUAGGUGACUAUAACGGAAGUUGCAUAUCUGUUAGUAUAUGACUGAAAUUCAUGCAAGUGGUGUUACUUAAACCGAAUCUUUAAUCAGAGUGUCGAGAUUUUUUGCGUACACACCAACUCCAUUUUUCUCAUCGACCAGCUAAUCCGAUUAUGAUUAAUUAAUGACAUCCACAAUU